AUGUCUACGAUCACAAUACCAGGCUUCUCGCUCAUCCUUCGCGCGAGAGGAUCGCCCACUCUUGACCUGGUUUACAAGUACACACCUUUGCCCGUUAAUGGCUGGACCAGGAUUUUGCUGCUUCACCCUGCAUCCACAGGCGAUAGCCUCUCGUGUAGCCUUCAAGCCUGGAAAAUCGAGGACAUUGCCUGUCUGGGGUUCGAAGCUCUGUCCUAUGUCUGGGGGAGUGAGAAUGGAGAUCAAAGGGGGAGAAAAAUCAGCUGUGAUGGUGCUACGCUGCAUAUCCGGGAGAACUUGGCCUGUGCAUUGAAUCAUCUUCGACAUGAGCGGAACACAAGGUUUCUUUGGGUAGAUGCCGUGUGUAUCAACCAGGAAGACCAGGGCGAGAGAGCACAACAGGUCCAACAAAUGGGCCAGAUCUAUGCGAGCGCAUCGAGAGUUCUCGUAUGGCUGGCCCCGGAUAUCAAUCAAGAAGCGAAGGAGUGCUUCUCCCUGAUACAAGACACUGCCACUCUCCUUGCAGAGCUGGUCUCUAGAUAUGGAGAUGUCAGUCUCUUUCCUCCAAUUGCCCCAGAGAGCGGAAAAAUCUGCUUGGAUCCCCGCAAAUGGGAUAUGGUACGCCGAUUGAUGGAUUCGGAGUGGUUUUCCCGGGUCUGGGUGCUCCAGGAAGUCGGCCUGGCUCGAUCAGCGGUUUUGCUCUACGGCAAUGCAACCAUGAACUGGGCCUACCUCGUUGAAUUGAUGCUCAUUGUGGCAUCGCGUGUUGAUGUCGCUUCACAUACGGGCUCUGUUAAAUCUGGUAUGCUCUGGGACUUGUUCGAUGACCUCUGGAGGACAUAUGGGAAUGAUAUAUCCUGGAGAAACGAGUUGCCAAUGUGCAAGAUGCUGAGUUCCAACAAAAGUGAAGUGAGCUUCAUCAACAUUCUGAACGACGGACGGUCCUACAUGGCGACUGAUCCUAGGGAUCGUGUAUAUGCCUUCCUCAGUCAUCCCAGUACAGCUUGCGGUGUUGCACAGGACAAAAGAAUGGUGGUCGCCAAUUAUAACCUGUCCGUUGAUGAAGUCUAUUUUCAGACGGCAGAAGGCAUCUUGGACAAUGAUCCAUAUCCAUGGACUGUACUUACUUGCGUUGACCACACCGCGGAUCCCCUCUCACUUUACGGUCGGCGGCCCUCCUGGGUUCCACGUUGGGACGAAGGGUGGCGUGUGUAUUGGCUGGGGUACCCAGAGAUGUGGUAUCGAGCUGGCGGGAUCAAGCCUGCAUCCUUCCAAUUCGAGGUCUCCAGAUCCGAGUCCGCUUUACGCGUGACAGGCGUGAUCUUGGAUUCUAUCGAAUGGACUUCUCGCGUGUUUGAUUCUCAAGAACUUCUGCUUGAAGCUCAGAGGAAGGAGGCGCCAUUGCAAAAGCUGUGGCAGGAGUUGGAAUCUGACAGAUGCAACGCAAUUUACGGUAGCAGCCAACUCGAGCGAGAGCAUGCGUACAGCCUCACGACCGCAGCAGGACGGGCAGCUGAUGAAGGACCUGCUGAAGACAACCCCAGACUUCACCGCGCCAUCUAUCGGGCGUACAAGAAGAUAGUCCGCGGUCCGAACAGCAGUGAUCAUGGAAUGGAUCCACUGUCAUCGACAGAAACAGACUCCAAGUGCCAAGAAGGAGAAGAGUCUCCACGAUCCCUCGAACUCGAAGCGCUCACUUAUAUCGGCAGCAACCAGCGCAGAGCCUUCCACAACCGGCGAUUUUUUCGGACGAAAAAGGGUUACUACGGAAUCGGUCAUCUGACGGUCAAAACAGGUGAUGAAUGCUGUGUCUUUAGGGGUGCCAACGUGCCAUUUGUUAUUCGGAGGGUAUCAAGAGACAAUGGCCGGGAAGGCUCUACCUCCAAUCAACACUUGCUUGUGGGUGAAUCGUAUAUUCAAGGCGUCAUGAGGGGAGAAAUAUUUGAGAUGAUGAAUGCAGGCGGGGGCAAUGACCUUAAUGAAGAGACAAUUAUUCUUGUAUAG